CAGCCCCGCGCCCUCAGCGCGGCCGCGCUGCCCCGGCAUGUCGCGGAAGAAAGCGGCACGGAGCAAAGGCGGCGGCUCCGCGCCCUCCGCCGCGCUGCCCCCCCCCGCCGCCGCCGCCCCGCGGAGCCCCGCGCCCGCUCCGGAGCUGCCCCGGAACGGCGGCGCUACGUCCGGGCGGCCCUCGCUGAGCAGCAGCGGAGAGUUCUACGACCUCGCCUUCAAGGUGAUGCUGGUGGGCGACUCGGGGGUCGGCAAGACCUGCCUGCUGGUGCGCUUCAAGGACGGUGCCUUCCUGGCGGGCAGCUUCAUUUCCACCGUGGGGAUUGACUUCAGGAACAAGGUGCUGACGGUGGACGGGGUGAAGGUGAAGCUGCAGAUCUGGGACACGGCUGGCCAGGAGCGCUUCCGCAGUGUCACACACGCGUAUUAUCGGGAUGCCCAUGCCCUGCUCCUGCUGUACGAUGUCACCAACAAGGCAUCCUUUGACAACAUCCAGGCAUGGCUGACAGAGAUCCAUGAAUACGCGCAGCAGGAUGUGGUUCUUAUGUUACUGGGAAACAAGGUGGAUUCAGCCCAGGACAGAGUGGUGAAAAGGGAAGAUGGAGAAAAAUUGGCUAAGGAGUACGGGGUGCCCUUCAUGGAGACCAGCGCCAAAAGCGGCCUCAAUGUGGAAUUAGCAUUCACAGCUAUUGCAAAAGAACUGAAACACAGGUCCAUGAAGCUGCCCAACGAACCCAAAUUCAAGCUCCACGAUUACGUGAAGAAGGAAGUGAGGGGCUCGGGCUGCUGCAGGUUCUGAUGCGCUCGGUGCAUUUUGUACAGAGACUCAUGCCACGUGUUUGUGCGCCGCGCUCUCUCCUCGUGGACAGUGUGUGCAUGUCUGUCUUGUGUCUGUAUCUGCGUCAAAGGUGAGCUGAGACGUGGGGGGUGAAACCAGCAGAAGCUCCUCGGGCUGGCAACAGGCUGGCCGUGCUGCACCACAGCCGCUCCCUGAGCCCCGCAGUGCUCCAUUCCCCACAGAGAAGCAGCACCUCUCGCAGCUGCUCCACUCCUGCCUUGCCCAGAGCCACUCCUGGUGCAGCUGCGGCUGCUUCUGGAGCGAUGGGUUCCUGCACCUGUUCAGCAGUGACAGUGCUUGGCCCAGAGCAUCUCCGGGUGCGUUAGUGUUAGGAGUGAUGGUGUGGGGGAGUGCCUGCUCCCCACCAAACAUCCGGGCAGGAAAAAUCCUGAAUUCCCUUUUCCCACACCCUUGGAAUUCAGCUGUUCAGAUCCUUGGCCUGGGGCACGCGGGAAGGCUUUGUUUUCAAGGCAACCGUUUUUGUAGCUGCUUACUUCUGUCUGUCAGUCCUUCCCAUGUUGUAACAUACCUCCUCGAUGAAGAUUUCCCCUCUUCCCCGCAGAAGACAAGAGCUUAGAUGUCUGUUUGUUUGAGUGAGCUCCUGCAAACACAUCUGUUGUACAGAGAUCUCCUGACUGUUUAUCUGUUUGGUAAAGGCUUUGGUUCUCUUACUACAGCCAUUUCUAGUACUUUAAUGAGAGGAAAGCUAAUGUUCUGCAGCUUAUUCUAAAUACCUUUAUGUAAGUGUGAUAGCGUUUCUAGACCACAACAAUGCUCUGCUAUCUCUGAAGUCCUCUUGGGACAGCUCUUUCUUCUAACAGAAGAAAGAUGAGGAGAGUGCUGUAGGCAUUGGUUGUACAGGUCUAAGACUCUUCUACCAGCUCUCUUCAAUGGACUCCUCACCCCUUUUGUCUGGUGCCAAGCAUUUGACUUUUGCUUUUUUCCAAGUUGCACUUCAAAGUACAAAUCUGGAUGAUGUGUUUGGCCUUUGGCUGUUUCCUUAUUCAGCAAUUCCACAUGCACUAACACCAGGUGCCCACUGCAUUGAACCUCCCUGCACUGCUCUAAAUGGACCACUGAAGUCAACCCACCCUUCACUCCCCAAACACCAGCUUUCUCAGCAGUGAGGCGGGGUGCAGCUGCCCCUCAUUGUGCCGGCUUGAGCUGCAGCAGCAUUCCCAAAGGGCACGAGGACCCUCAGCACAGGAGCCAGGCAGGCAGUGACAGAGGAGACCCCUCAGAGCUGCAUUUCUCAGUGAGCUGCAGUAAAAUAAGCAACGUGCAAAGCAACUGCUGAAACGGGUCCAGCACAGUAAUAACACGGAGCCUAAAAUAAACCUUUUCAUAAAUAGCUUUUUAGGGGA